AUGGUUUUUGUGAUGAUACUUUUGUAUGUUGUAAGUGGUGUAAAUACCAAGACAAACUUGAAUGUUGUAAUUUUGGAGAAAAAUGUUCACCACAAUAUCAAUGGAGCUUAUUUAAUAACCAAGUUGAGUUACCUUAUAUCAGUGAUGGAUUCCAAUAAAAAAAGUACCACAAAAGGGUUAUGCGACAAUUGCAAAGUUUGUGUUGGAACAAUGUUAACUUGUACUACGUGUAAUGAAGGGUAUUAUGUAAACUCUGGUUCGUGUUCUAAAUGUCAUUUAUAUUGUGCAACAUGUUUUAAUUCUUCGUCCACUGGGUGUAAUUCCUGUAAAGAUGGUUAUUUUUUAACUCAAAUUUCGAAAUGUUCUGGGUGUGCAUCUGGGUGUGCAACAUGUUUUGGUUCAACGAAUACAAAUUGCUAUACAUGCAAAAUUAAUUAUUACUUGUCUGCUACGAAUACGUGUAAUAGUUGUCAUUAUACUUGUGCAACGUGUUAUAACACUCUAUCAUACACGUGUUACACAUGUAGAACUUAUUAUUAUUUGUCUGGAACUUCUUGUUCUUCUUGUGCAUAUUCAUGUGCAACUUGUUUUAAUUCAUCAAGCACAGGAUGUUAUACAUGUCGUAAUGGGUUUUAUUUAACAGAUGUUUCGAAGUGUAAUAGUUGUUCAUCUAAUUGUGCAACUUGUUUCAAUUCGUCAAGCACGGGAUGUUACACUUGUACAAAUGGAUAUUAUCUGGAAAAUACAUCAAAAUGUAGUUCCUGUUCGUAUUCAUGUGGUAAUUGUUUUAAUGGGUUAAGUUCUGGAUGCUAUGAUUGCAAAGAAGGAUAUUUUUUGUUUGAAGAUUCAAAGUGUGUCAAUUGUUAUGGCGGUUGUUCUGGCUGUUAUGGUUCAAGUAUGUCUUGUUAUGCCUGCGAAAAUGGGUUUUAUAGUGCUGGGAUUGAUACAUGUCUCAAAUGUCCAGCCGAGUGUGCUACUUGUAUGGAUGCAACAACUUGUACAUCAUGUUACUAUUCAUAUUUCUUAUCAGGUUCGGAAUGUUUAAAAUGUGAUGGUUCUUGCUACACAUGUGAUGGGAUGAAUUCCAACAAUUGUUUGACUCGUCGACCAUAUUAUUACUUGUCAAAUGGGUAUUGCCUCAAAUGCGACUCUUCUUGUAGAACAUGUAAUGGAAUUAAUACAAAUAAUUGUUUAUCUUGUCCACCUUAUUAUUACUAUUCAAGUGGAUCUUGUUUAAAAUGCAGUCCGAAUUGCAGUACUUGUAAUGGAGUAAGUGAAAACAAUUGUUUAACAUGUAAAACGUAUUUUUAUUUGACAAAUGGAUAUUGUCAGCCUUGUGACUCAACUUGUUAUAAAUGUAAUGGGACAACUGCAUAUAAUUGUUUGUCGUGUAAUACUGGGUAUUAUUUGUCAAAUGGAAAUUGUCUUGAAUGUAACAGUAAUUGUUAUGGAUGUGUUGGAACAAGUACAAAUUGCAUCAGUUGUCAUACCGAAUUUUAUCUUUCAAAUAAUAGUGUGGUGGGUGUAAUGGCCCGGAACGAACAAAUUGUACUUGGUGUGGUGAAGGGUUUUAUCUUGACACUUAUCAUGGAAAAUACAAUAACACAUGUCAACCAUGUGGAAACAAUUGUCUUUUUUUGUGAAACCAAUGAGUUUUGUUGGGGUUGCAAUCCCGGGUAUUAUGUAGUUGAUGCGAGUUACUGUGAAAAGUGUUUGGUGGAAAAUUGUCAAUUUUGUGGUUAUGAUUUGUGUUAUGAAUGUUAUGAUGGGUAUUAUGCAUUCGGCUAUGAAUGUCACAAAUGUCCGAGUAUUUGCACCACAUGUUCUGGUCCUUUUACCACACAGUGUUUUGGUUGUGUUGAUGGAUAUUACGUUUUUUCAUACGAAUGUCUUUCUUGUUCAUCAUCAUGUCAAACAUGUUCAAUAAAUUCGACAAAUUGUUUAUCGUGUGUACAAGGAGAGCGAUAUUUAUGGAACAACCAAUGUCUAAGUUGUAGUAAUUGUGUGUCUGGGCAUUGUAUAUCCAACACAACAUUAUGUGAUAUGUGUCAAGAUGGUUAUUAUUUAGUCGAUGGGAUAUGUAUCUCAUGUGGAUCAAAUUGUGCCACAUGUUCCGGGUCUUCAUCAACUUGUCUUUCUUGUAAAACUGGAACAUAUUUAGUCGGGUCUUUAUGUAUUGUAUGUGACAUUAAUUGUGCUUCGACAUAUUGUAACGUAUUAUUGGGUUGUACCAAAUGUAAUAAUGGGUAUUAUCCAAUAAAUAAAAA